UAAUUUGCUUUUCCGACCUGGUUGCCUACCGACUCACACAAAGGCCGGCGACGGAUGCUUGUCAACGUUGUUACCCGGAAACUAGACGGAGCCCCCGCCGCGCAGCGCUCCGUUAUGUGGCCGACUGCUAAUGCUGGUACACGACCGGAGGACGCCACGGCACGCAGACAUGCUGUUUUUCUAUAUUAUUUACACGAAUAUGUCGCUUUAUAAUGUUUAAUGCGAGCUGUAUUACGACUAUAGUGAGAUGUUUCACGUCACAGGGCUGAAUACCAGAUUGCCUUCCUCUAUGAAGAGAUAGCCAGCCUGCAGGAUGAGGCCCCAGGAGGAAUGACCCAGUAUCUUCUUCCCCCUCUGGUUGACGCACUUUAACACUUUAUAAAAGAUGUACCGGACCGGCGGAUACGUCCUCCUAGCCCUGGCGUCCGUCCUCGUCGCCGCUGGCUCUGCCGGGGCGCUGUCGCUGGAGACGGACGGAAACCGCACCGAGAACGGCAACGAGACGGACGGCGGCGUCGGCGGCUUCGUCCCGGUCGUGUUCACCAAGGUGAGCCAGAUCAUCGCCAGAGAGCGGAGCUGCGUGCUGAUCGACUGCAACGUCACCGGAGAGCCGUUCCCCAGCGUCGAGUGGUUCAACUCCCACGGAGAGCGCCUGGACACGCAGACGAGCGGAGGGAAAUGGUGGCUGCUGGACAACGGCGUCCUCAACAUCACCAGCAUCAAGUUCUCGGACCGAGGCAAGUACACCUGCAUGGCCACCAACGUCCACGGCAGCUCCAACGCCACGGUGACGCUGCGCGUGGUCCUGACCAACGGCGACAUGGGCGUGUACUACAUGGUGGUGUGUCUGGUCACCUUCACCAUCAUCAUGAUCCUGAACGUCACGCGCCUCUGCAUGAUGAGCAGCCACCUGAAGAAGACCGAGAAGGCCAUCAACGAGUUCUUCCGCACCGAGGGCGCCGAGAAGCUGCAGAAGGCCUUCGAGAUCGCCAAGAGGAUCCCCAUCAUCACCUCGGCCAAGACGCUGGAGCUGGCCAAGGUGACCCAGUUCAAGACCAUGGAGUUCGCCCGCUACAUCGAGGAGCUGGCCCGCAGCAUCCCGCUGCCGCCGCUCAUCAUGAACUGCCGCACCUUCAUGGAGGAGAUCCUGGAGGUGGUGGGCGUGGAGGAGAUGAGGCACACCUUCGUGCGCCACGUGCCCGAGUGGCGGCGCGACACGCAGGGCUGGAUCCCCUCCAUCGGCGUGAGGGACGUCUUCACCAUCCUGCAGGUGAGGGAGCGCGAGCGCAGCGAGUCGCCCGCCGCCGACUCGGACAACUCCUCCGUGCACGAGCAGCCGCAUCACAUCGCCAUCCAGGCGUCCGUGCACCCGCCGCUGGACGACGCCGAGGUCUGCGCCGCCGAGGCCCCCCAGCAGCUGCCGCCGUCGUCGGCUCCGUCGGCGCCGCCCUCCCCCUCCCCGUCCCCACCGCCGUCCCCCGUGCAGCUGGCUCCUCCCCCCGUGGAGGAGCAGCAGCAGGAGGAGGAGGAGGCUCCUGGAGAGCAGGCGGUCAGCAAGGCCCCUCCCUGCCAGGUGUUCUAUGAAAGCCACGUGUGACGGGGCUGAGAGGACGGGUCCCACGUCCUGCUAUGCAUUUCCACCCGAGGACCGACGGUCCACCUCACGCCGUGUCAAACAAUCACAUUUUUAUUCCUCUCUGUCUCUGAAAGUCCUCAAACAUUUCACCCGGCAGACCCGUUUCACUCUGGGUCCCCCGCGCUUGAAUGUUACGCGAGAGCAGCUCGCGUUAAUAAUAAUGUAAUAAGCGGAGAAUUGUAUGAGAUGUUCUCGAAGGAGGGACCUUCUUCAGUUCGUAGUUUCUUACAUUUUGUGGGGUUUCUCUCAUUCACACGCAGGCACUUCCACAGCUGCACGCUGGGAUGUGCAGCGUCCUGGUUAGACACGCCCUGCGGCAUGUUUUUAGUUGUAGAGCAGCGUUCUGUUCCUCCUCUCUGUGCUGUGGUUUGAUUCCCCCAGCCCGUCUAGUCCAGACCGGCAGGACUCUUAAAGCCUCCCCUCGGGUUUUGUGUUCCUCUCAUUCAGCGUUUUUUUGUUUUUUUUUUCAGUUUGUAGUCCACCUCCCCGCCCGAUCUUAAGCGUCGUCUUUCGUCCGCUGAGGCUUUGCUGUGAACUUGCAUGUUGAAGUGGACGGUUAGAUGUGAGCUCUUUGGCUUCCGGUCCUCGGACUUUAAGGACUCCUCGUGUUUUCCUCCGUUGCUUUGCUGAAGCUCCGGUCUGCGGCCGAGACGAGCUGCCGCCGUUGUGCUUUUAGCGGCGCUCUUCUGGUGUGUGUUCUUUUUUUUGUAGUUGAAUAAAAUACAAAUGCUGUGCUUUGAAAUGAGCUAAAAAAAAAAAA